AUGAUGCUCAAGACCCUUCAAAAACACAAUGAAGAUUCCCCGACCGGCACCACACCGCAGCAGCUCGACGAAAACCUUCAUCCACCGGGACUCAAAGGAAUGCAGCCAUGUGUUUCUAUGGGCCUUCAGGAAGCCUUUAACUCCGCCUUACACCGGUCCCUAAAAAGACUUCUCCCAGAAAUGACUGAAGACAGCAGCAACAGGGAUCGACCCACUACGCCCGCAGCAGUUGCAACCAACCCUUCAAAUGACCUCAACUCAGAGCAGCCUUCACCACAAGGAGUCUAUCCCACUCUAGGCGUGCAGUGA